CAAUUUCAAUUUGUCUCAAGAGUCAAGAACAAGAAUACUGGGGGCCUUGUAAAAAAUUUCAUCACUUGUUAUUGAUUAUUUUGUAAAUAUUACUCUUAUAUUUAAGAAAACGAGUAAAUAAAAUUUUUAACUAUUGCAAUGAGCUCAAUUCAGCUAGCAGAAUAUGUUUUAUGGAAGUCCAUUAAACAAAAACGCGAGGAUGAAUACGAAAAUCAGCAAUCACAGUUUUCAUUAAGAAAAUCUGACGAGAUUGUAUUUCCGAAUGAGAUGAUUUGCAGAGUCUGCACUAGCCCUGCCGACAUACCUAUCACAGGCAAAAUUGAUGGAAUUAAUAUUUCGUGUGCAAUUAGAACAGUAUCUCAUACUUGGGUAAGUAUUACAGAUUCUUACCCGAAAUAUAUCUGUAAGAAUUGCUUAGAAGAACUGAAAGUGGCCUUAACCUUUAAGAAAAAAUGUGAGGCUUCAGAUUCAUUGUUUCGCCAAACACAAUCCAAAAAAGCUUACAAUCAUGCCGCCUCAAUCGUGAAGCAUGAUUUCACCCUAAUCAUUAAUCAAAUGAUGGAAAGAAGAUCCAGCCGGCUCACUAUUAAGAGAGAACAUGGGAGUAGUCAAAGUAAGAAAGUCAAUGUGUGGGGUCGAGAAACUGAUGUAGGAAUUAAAGACAGAUCUAUGAAAACAAUAAAAUGUCAAAGGUGUGACCUCACAUUUGAUUCAAAGGAUUUGCUGAAAGAGCACCGUCUUAAGCAAAACUGCAUUUGUCCUCCUUGUCCAAUAUGUGGGAAACUUGUCUCCAACUUGGGAAGACACAAGAAAACUGUACAUUUACGUACUGAGAAGUACACUUGUCACAUUUGUGGCAAAAUAUCCUACACAGCAGGGGCAUUGAGGAAUCACUUGUUAUUACACUCGGACAAAUGCAAUUUCCCCUGCUCAUUGUGUCCAUAUAAAGGCAAACAGCAGGCUUACCUAACUCUUCACAUGAGGAUACACACAGGCGAGAGGCCCUACUUGUGUUCCGAGUGUCCUGCAAAGUUCGUCAACCCGAGCAACUUGAGGAAACAUCAGCUGACACAUUCUAGUAAAAAGUUUGAGUGUAGUAAAUGCAAGAAACAAUUUCGGUUAAAUAAAUCACUACAGGAACAUUACGACGCUGCCCAUUUAAAUGUUAGAUACAGAUGCACUAUUUGUGGUCGUGAUUUAUGGACAAGGCGGAAACUGCUGAGUCAUGAGUUAAGAGUGCAUAACCGAGAAAAACAUAAAUUAUAUGAAGAAGUGCAUAAAGUUGUCCUUAAUGAUAAACAUGAUUGAGUAUAAUGUACACUACGCUCACACAGGGCAUUAUUUCUACUUUUUAAUAGCCUGUUAUAGUGUCCUACUGCUUGGCAAAGGCCUUCCCUCCUCGAUGACUCCCGUUGUUGAGCUUUUUCCGGCCUGGCUAGUUAUUAUGAAGGUGUCUAAGUUGGCCCCACCAUCUCCAUCUGGGCCUGCCACGUUCGCACUUAUUUUGCGACAUCAACUUGAUGGCUAUAUAAUCAGGGAUAAAUUACUUUUCGUUUAUACAGUUAAAAUGUAAUUCAAU